AUAGGCACUUCUCGGUGCUGCAGGGCAGCUCGGCAUGUAGCGCCGAUUUUCUACGUUUUCAUGAGGGGGUCUGGCAAGAGCUGUCAAUGUCAGUUUUCAUCUACUGUCCCCAACACUCAGAUGGAUUUCUAUUUCUAUGCAAGUUGGGCGUGAUCUCCAUGGACCAAGUGCAAUCUGGCGUCAGUUAAUGAGCAGACCCUGCAAAGAAAGGCAAAGAAAUCGGCUUUUCAUAUGCAAAAGAGAAAAUACUGUGCAACUGAGAAGAAGGAAAAUGUCAUCAGCAGCCUGCGUGGAUCAGUUCGCUGCAGAGUGCCUUGUCUCUAUGUCCAGCCGAGCUAUUGUCCAUACUGCGCCUAUUGGCAGUCCGGAUGGGAAAAGCCAAGGCAGCUCCGCGGCACCUCCUCCUGCGCCGCCGGGGGAAGACAGGAGAGAGAACGCGUCUCUGUUUGUGGUGGCCCGGAUUCUGGCUGACCUGAACCAGCAAGCCCCUAAGCCCGGGGAGAAGGCAGAGUGUGGCAUUAGCUUGCUGCCCGCUGGGAAUGAGGCGGAUAGGGAGCCUCCAGCCGGCAAACGUGCAGACAGAGCGGCCACACCUCCCCUCCUGCCGGAGCCAAGCCCUAAACAAAGAGCCAGACGGGGGAAAAGCAGAUGUGACCCCGAGUCACCCCUCAAAAAGCACAAGUGCCCCUACUCCGGCUGUGAGAAAGUUUAUGGCAAAUCCUCCCACCUGAAAGCGCAUUUGAGGACACACACAGGGGAGAGACCAUUUGAGUGCAGCUGGGAUGAGUGCAACAAGAAAUUUGCCAGGUCGGAUGAACUAGCCCGACACUACCGUACUCACACUGGAGAGAAGAAAUUCAGCUGUCCUAUCUGCGAAAAGCGUUUUAUGAGAAGCGAUCACUUAACCAAGCAUGCCCGCCGCCAUGCCAAUUUCCAGCCCAGCAUGCUUAAGGGGCGGGGUGGCAUCAGCUCAAGGAAUGGGUCUGUCAGCGACUACAGCCGUUCUGAUGCAUCUAGUCCAGCCAUUAGCCCAGCAAGCUCUCCUUAAUCUACUUGCACUGGACAUUAGCACUUUGCUUCUGCUAAUGUGGAACACUUUGUGAAAUGAAUUUUCUUUUUUUAUUACAUGCAUUUAAAUUUUUUCCUUGGUAUUUUUUUUAAGUGGAUUGAAGAUUGCUUAUUUUAAACUAACAAUGCAGAAUCAGUUACCUUUAUAAAUCUGAAAUUCUGUAAUUCCUUUAGGUCAGUUUCUCAAAUUUAUCCUGGCUGCCUUUCUCUUGGAUUUCCAGAAUUAUAUAAAUCAAUCAGUUUUGGAUCUCCAGAAUUCAAUACUUCCAGUUUUCUACCUCCAGAUUACCAUAUCUUACCUAGAUUUUAUCUCUACGUCUGGCAAUCUGCACAUUUUGUACCUCCAGAAUUCUAUACUUGGCUUCCGUUGAGCCUCCACAAUUUAUGUCUCUUAUCUUGGUGGAUCUCCAGGGUUUCAUUCGCCUCCAUGUUUCACUACCAGUCUCUUAACUAUUGUGUCUUGCAUCCAUCUCUCAUUUGAAAACAGCAGUUUUUACUUUAAAGGACAAAAAAAUCUUAAACUAAUUCACCUCAGGACUCAAAAAAAAAAAAAA